AUGCUUCCAUGCAAGAUGGAAUCUGUUUCUCAUCAGACUACGAAAAAUGGAAGGAGACUUUUAUCUGAAAAUAUUGCUUCACAACGUUGUGCACAUAAGGGAAAGGUUCCUUUGUUAUCAAUAGAAGCACUACAUCAGCUCCACAUUUUCAUCUUUGUAAUGGCAGUUGUUCAUGCAAUCUUCUGUGCCACUACCAUGGUUCUUGGAGGGGCUAAGAUACGCCAUUGGAAGAACUGGGAGGAUUCCAUUAGGAAUGAGUUAUCAAAACCACAAGAAGCUCGUACCCCUCACUUGCAACAUCAUCGAAUAUUCAGCGAACGUGCUGGUUUAUACUGGCGAAGGUCGGCUGUUGUCAGUUGGUUGAUAUCAUUCCUCAAACAGUUUUAUGGCUCAGUUACCAAGUCAGACUACAUUGCUCUACGAUCAGGAUUUAUACGAGCCCAUAUUCCUUCGAAUCCAGAAUUUGACUUUCACAAGUACAUGGUGCGGACACUAGCAGUGGAUUUUAAAAAGAUUGUCGGAAUAAGCUGGUACUUGUGGCUCUUUGUAGUAGCCUUUUUGCUGUUGAACAUAGAAGGAUGGCACACCUAUUUUUGGUUAUCAUUUGUACCCUUACUUCUUCUACUUCUUGUGGGUGCUAAAUUAGAACAUAUAAUUACCCACCUGGCUGAAGAGGCUGCGUUGAAAAGAAUGGGACCCUGAUGCAACCCUGUCAAGCCUUCUGAUGAACUCUUUUGGUUUCAUCGCCCUGCCAUUGUUCUCUACUUGAUUCAUUUCAUUUUAUUUCAAAAUGCAUUUGAGAUUGCAUUCUUCUUUUGGAUUUGGGUAAGCAGAUGGAUAUUAUAUUUUCAGUGAAUCCACUACCAUUCCAUAGGACAAGUGCAAUUGCACUGAUGAUAACCUUUGCAAUUACCAUACA